AUGCCCAUGAUCUACCGUCGUAACCGAGGCCUGUCGCCUACGCGGGAGAUGGCCGACGUCACGCGGGGCGUAAAGCCCAUGGGACUCGACACAGACACGUCUCUGCUGGGCCGCACAAGACGCUAUUGGAGAGGACGCGGCGUGCUCUUAGCGUCUCAAAGAGUGUACCAGACCAUGUGGCUCGCUGUGCUCGUGUACGCGUUUCUGGGUCUUCCAGUAUUAGGACGCGUCCUAAAUUUCGCACGCUUUGUACAUCGUUUUCCAGCGCCCAAGAUACUACAAGGACUCGUAGUGGGGAUGAUGCAGGACGUGGCAAUCUUCCUGCAGGCGUCCACAUGUAUCUGUCUGGUCAAGGUGUUAUUCGACUCGGACAAUUUCACGCCACAAGGCCUCGUAGCUGCCAAUAACGCGCGAAGUUUCCCUAACAGUGGCUUUCUACGGGAGAAAAGCAACAGUGCCAGGUUUCUACCGGUAUAUAUGCCAGUAUUGGCCAACGAGUACGACCUCAGAGACGAAGGCAUGGAAGCGCUGGCCUCUGGCGUCGCAACGAACCACCGAACGCUGCUGAGUUUAGGAGCAGCAGCCAAUCGACCCGCGCUUGUGGCACGAGCCAUGCGCGCAAUACACUCGCUGGCCAUUUUAUCGUUGUUGCAACUGAUUCUGGUGGCGGCAACAAUUGCCAGUGUGGCGGAUUUUUGCCUGCAAGUGACAAUGCACCCGCGAUUGAACCGCGCGUUUGUAAAUAUCUUUUUCAACUACAUGAAGCAGUUCACGGCGUCGUUAACGGACGAGGAAGUGAUGACAAGGACAGUGGUGGGGUCCUGGGCUGUGUAUUUCGCAUUGGUGGCUGCUUUAACGUAUGGAUUUUACACUGGGCGGUUGCCGCUAGCGUCGGAUUUCCUGCGACUGCCAAGUGCACUUUGCUGCUGCUUUGAUCGUCGCUAUAAUGUGCGCAAGGACUCGAUGAACUCGUCAGUCACUACGACGUCUGGAUCGUACGUCAGCAACUUGUUUGCGUCCUAUUGGCAUCGAGCAGGAAAGCCCAUUCGCUCACGAAGACGGAGCAGUCAGGGCUACAGUCAUUUGCCAGGUGGAGGCGCUAGUGGAUGCGCGAGUGGAUACGCUGCUGCGAUUGCGUCAGGCUCGUCGUUGUGCUCUACAGGCUAUGGCUCGUACACCAAGUCCGGUCCGUUGACAAUACUGGGUCGCUGUAUUGUCGCUAGUCUGUUGAUGACUGCGGCAGCUCUGUCAGCGUCACUGUUAAUUGAUGGCAAGGGAGGUGUAGAUAUGAAGCUGAUGAACAAUGCCAUGUUUACACUGCAAGCAGAGCAGUUCUUCUACCACCCAACGAAGAUUCAUCGUGAGGAGAUCAACUGUACAACGGCUAGUAGUGCGCUACGGUCUACUCUGGGGGUCUCGGAGCAGUACGAACUGGACAAGCUGGGCAACGACGACCACUGCGCUUUAUUGUGGCGGAAAACGACAGGAUACGAAGGCGAUAACAUCUUUAGUCUGGAUCUAAACGUCACAAGUACAGCUCAACCCACCAAAGUGCAGCCCAAUAUCAUUGUCAUUAACAUGGAAUCGUGGAGGCAUCUGGACGUGGGUGCGUUGGGCGGAGUUGCCAAGAAGGAGACGACUGGCAAGAGUGCCACUCCGCAGUUCGAUGAGCUGGCCAAGACCGGUGUGCUCUACAGUAAGCACUACACCCAGUGCGUUCAAACCACACGUACGCUUCUGACGACGCUGUUCGGUAUGCUGCCAUCGUGUACGGAGACGACUGCACUCAAGCAGUACAGUACGACGCUGAGUGUGCGUGGACUGCCUCAAUUCCUCAAGCAACGAGGCUAUUUCAACCUCUUUUGGAGUGCCGUGGAUCUCACGUGGGAGUACUGGGACAAGUUCCUGCUGAAAAACGGCUUCGACAAGCUCGUCGAUGACCGCAAGAUCCGCAAGAUGCUGCAUGACACACGCAACUACAAGAACACUCCCGAUGAUCACUUUUCCUGGGGUAUGCACGACCACUUGUCGUUCGAAAUGCUGCUGUACGCCAUCGAGUCGGCCCACAACGCUAGUGUGAACUCGACAGACGCGUCAGCAGCUGCAGCAAAGGGAAGACACUACCGCGCCGCCCACUCCACUGCAAAGCCGCCUCUGCCCGGCUGGGAAGGACUGCAGACGCCGUACUUUAUCGACAUGUACAGUAUCACGAGCCACAAUCCGUGGGCGCUCCCGAAUUUCUACGACGUGCCAGACCUCUCUGGGUUGUACACGCGGUACAACAAGAAAUAUCUGGACUCGAUGUACUUUUCUGAUGAAAUGCUGGGCGACUUUAUCGCUGCGUUACGUGCCAAGGGGCUCAUGAAGAAUACGAUCGUCAUCAUCGAAGGAGACCACGGCUACGGCCGUCUGGAGCACGACAACAACCCGUCCAUUGCAGACUCAGGGGUGUGGGAUGAGGCGUCCAGAGUGCCGUUCCUUCUGCUAGCGGAUGAUUUCCUUCGAGAGCAAGACAAGGGUACAGUGGUGGACCAGCUGAGCAUGCAGUCGGACCUCAUGGCUACCAUUGCAGACAUCUUGGUCGUCACUCCAGACGAGCCUUUGUACCAACAUGGCUACGGCCACUCGAUGAAGCGUCGUCGUGUCCAGCCAGAAGCUCAGAAGCAAGCACAGGCGUUGGCCGCUAAGACAGUCAAGGACAAGGAUGCACAAGUGAAGGACUCGGAGGCAGAAGCUCUGGCAGCUGAAGGUCGAGAAAGCCCCGAGGAACGACGCGUCGUCUUGUGCAACCCAUUCAACGGCAUGAGCAAGGGCGUACGCACUGAGGAGCUCAAGUAUAUCUUCCAUCCGGAUAGCUCCUACAACGUGUUUGAGCCUGCGAUUGACCCAGCAGAGAAGAAGCCGCUACGAACUGGAUUCGACGUCGAGGAGAUGGACGACGCCACACGCGACGUGUUCGAGUACGUGACGAAGGCGGUGGAUCUGAAUCAGUUUCUGUUUGAAGCCAACCGGUUCAUGACGCCACUGCCCAUAUCCGUAUCGCCAGUCUCGGCAGAGAGCAAAGAGAAAUACAACCGCAUCAGGAGAUCUCACGUGCAGAACGUGACGACGGAGAAUCACGUCGUGGACGAGCAGGUCGAGCCGAAACAGCCACGCGGCCCACCAGCACCCGUGAACAUGCUAGAUUAG